GCGGCGGCGGUGGCGAAGGCGACAUGGAGAGCGGGGCCUACGGCGCGGCCAAGGCGGGCGGCUCCUUCGACCUGCGGCGCUUCCUGACGCAGCCUCAGGUGGUGACGCGAGUCGUGUGCCUGGUCUUUGCCUUGAUCGUGUUCUCGUGCAUUUUCGGCGAGGGCUACAGCAAUACCCACCAUUCCAGACAGAAAUACUGCAUUUUCAACCACAAUGAGGAUGCGUGCGGCUAUGGCAUCGCCAUCGGGGUGCUGGCCUUCCUGGCCUCAGCCUUUUUCCUCGUGGUUGAUGUCUAUUUCCCUCAGAUCAGCAACGUCACUGACCGCAAAUACCUGGUUAUCAGCGACCUGCUCUUCUCAGCUCUCUGGACCUUCCUGUGGUUCGUUGGUUUCUGCUUCCUUACCAGCCAGUGGGCAGCCACCAAGGAGGAAGAUGUGCUAGUGGGGGCCGACUCGGCCCGGGCAGCCAUCACUUUCAGCUUCUUCUCCAUCUUCUCCUGGGGUGUGCUGGCCUCCUUGGCCUACCAGCGCUACAAGGCCGGAGUGGACGACUUCAUCCAGAACUAUGUAGACCCCACUCCAGACCCCAGCACAGCCUACGCUUCCUACCCUGGUGCAUCUGUGGACAACUACCAACAACCGCCCUUCACCCAGAACGCCGAGACCACUGAGGGCUACCAGCCGCCCCCCGUGUACUGAGCCGCAGUGGGGGAUGGUAAGGGAGGCAGAGAGGGUGCUCAGGGGGCCUCCCCCCUACCCUGGACUCCUCCCAUGAGCCUUGCCUCCUGGAGCUGUGGCCCCUCCUCCCGUCCCGUGCCCAUCAGAGCCUCGGCACAGCCUGGAGAGCCACUGCUUCCCCCACCCCAGCUGCUGGUGG